AUGCCCGAAGAUGUCGUAGAGAGGGCAAGGGAAAUUCUAGACCAUUGUCCCGGAGGCUCCAUCGGCUCAGUUAUUUUCCGAGGUCAUCCGGCGAUUCGCCAACAUAUCGCCGAUUACAUAAGUCGGAGAGAUCUUGUUGAAGCCAGAACAGAGAACGUGUGGAUUACAAGUGGAGUGCUUCACGGUUUUUCAAUUGUGCUUCAAGUACUCAAACGACGUCUCAACGGAAAGCCUCCUGGUGCCAUAACAUGUGUGCCCCAGUACAUGGGCUAUACCACUCUGCUGCAGGAUCAAGGGUAUUGUGAGGCGUGCUAUUACCUCGAUGAAGAUCGAGGCUGGGAGCACAACGUCACCGAUAUGCAAAAGGCUCUGGAUGCAGUCAAGAGUCGCUGCGUGCCUCGCUGCUUCCUGCUUGUUAACCCUGCGAAUCCACCAAGCACGGUGUUAUCUGAGCGGCAGCUGCAGGAUAUCAUUCGCUUUGCCUAUAGGAAUCAGCUGAUAAUCUUAGCUGAUGAGAUCUUUGAGCAUAAUGCUUACACCAGCAAGUGUCCAUUUCACAGUGUCAGAAAAGUCAUGAACUCCAUGGGAACUCCGUACUCCCGGACUCAACUGGUGGCGUUCAAUUCAAUAUCAAAGGGCUUCGCAGCAGAGCCCGGGUUACAGGCAGGGUACUUCGAGGCUGUCAAUCUCGACUCUGUUGACCAAGCCAACCUGGAACAUGCCAUGAUGGAAUCCCUGCCGCCCAUGUUGUCUCAGGUUGCCUUAGACUGUCUGGUCAAGCCUCCGUGUCCAGGCGGAGCUUCGUAUGAGUUGUACUCUCAGGAAAAAGACUUCAUUCUGAACUCUUUAGCUGAACGUGCUCAGUUGGCGGAAGAGAGGCUGAACGCAAUUGUCGGAAUCCACUGCAGUCCAGUACAGGGGUCCAUGGCUGCCUACCCCCGCAUGACUAUUCCAGCCAAGGCUAUUGAAGAAGCGCAGCGUCGGAAAAUGGAGGCUGACGUGUUCUACGCCGAGGAAUUGCUACGCAGGAAAGGCGUUUGCGUUACGCCGAGCUCUGCUUUCGGGAGGCUGCCUGGAAAAUUUCACAUGAGGAUCACAAUACUUCCGCCAAAGGACAAGCUGCUGGAAAUGUUUGAUCGGCUGGAAUGCUUUCAGAAAGAGCUGAUGGCUGAAUACUCCUAGAAUAGGAAUAUCAGUGGAGCUGGUAUACAUCAAUAAACUUUACUUUUA